AUGACACUGAUCGAACCUAACCCGAUGCCUGGGCUGGUUGGUGACCUCCCCCAGUCCCAUCAACUGGAUACGCCAGUGGGGCCUUCGACACCGGGUUUCACCCUGCCGACUGACUUCAAUGCUCCGCUUGCUGCUGCCAAUACCGUCAACUACGGCGUCUCGCCGUCGCCGUCAUCAUUCUCUUGGAAUACACCCAACCCUGGAGGACUGGACUCCCUCCCUAGUGUGCCCAACGACGGCUCCUCAAAGCCUCCCGCCAAAAUCGGCAAUCGGUUCUCCAAGGAAGCUGUUCGAAUCUUGAGAAACUGGAUGUCGACCCACGAAAGCAGCCCGUAUCUGAGCGAGGAGGACAAACACAUACUUCAGAGCCAGACGGGGCUCACCGAGAUCCAGGUGACCAACUGGAUAGCCAACGCACGCCGGCGGAAAAACAAGACCCGCGGUAGCAGAUCAUCAACGCCCAAUCCAGGCGCAUCGACGACCAGUCCAGUUCCCAUUCCUGCUCGCCCAGGAACCCCAAUGGUGGGCAACUCACCACACGCAGACCCGAUACAGCGAUGGUUCGACUCGCCGCCCGAAGAUGAGCCUGCAGCGGCGUCAGCCAUUGCUCGGGCGAUGGCACAUCGCGGAAGUGAAGGACACCCGAUAGACCGUGGAAAGAAUAGAAUCUCCUACGGUAGCUCCUCCGCAAGCAGUGCUGCAUCGUCACAUUCCGACAGCAGCUCUGUCAUGUCAAACUCAUCAGCUGUGUCGUGGAACUCAUCGUCGGCACCGAGAAAACCAUACCAGUGCACAUUCUGUACGGACACUUUCGGGACCAAACACGACUGGCAGAGACACGAGAAGUCACUGCAUUUAUCCAUCGAUAGAUGGAAGUGCGCCCCCGACGAGUCUCGAGUAAUCCAGGGAGAAGAUAACCGGCCAUACUGCAUCUUCUGCGGGCAGGCUGACCCGGACACUGAACACUUGGAGACUCACAAUCCACAUGUGUGCCAGCAGCGCAUAUUCAGCCGAAAGGACCAUCUGAAGCAGCAUCUACGCCUGGUACACGGUGCAAAGCUGAUCGAUUCAUUCGCAGAGCAUUGGAAGGCUCCAUCGCCACCCGUCAAGUCGCGGUGCGGCUUCUGUGGGAUUGCGCUGGACUCGUGGUCUUUCCGGGUCGACCACCUCGCUGACCACUUCAAGGUGGGACAGAGUAUCGCGGAUUGGAAGGGCGAUUGGGGGUUUGAGAAGUCCGUUCUGGAUAUGGUGGAGAAUGCAAUUCCUCCAUAUUUGAUUUCCACGGAGCGCAGCACUCCAUUCCCAUUUGUGGCGAGUGCUCCGGCGGUAGAAAGCCCGCGCUGUGCAUACGAGAAAAUCAAAUUGGAGCUGCUAUGGUACAUGCAAGGCUACAGUGAUGAGACGGGUGAGAUACCAGAUAGCGAUGCGCUACAGCUAGAGGCGUGCCGAAUCAUAUUUGCCUCCGAGUCGAGGACGCCAGAGGAAGCACUGACCGAGCCGGGUGCUGCAUCGUGGCUUCGAGAUCUCAUCACAAGCCACGAGGACAUCAUGAAGCAGGCCAAGUUCGGUCCGAUCCGAUCGGAGGCGGAGAGUGUGUCUGCCGCGCCGAGUAAUAUCUCCAAGAGCUUAUUUCAUGGAUGUCCGCUCGAAGCUCAGCUGCAGGAUUUUGUCUUCCGCGCAUGGACGUCUGGACAACUGGUGGUGGGGGAUGAUGAGCUUCAGUCUGAGGCGUAUCGGAUCAUCAUGCGGAUCGACAAGGAAUUUGCCAUGCCAGAAUAUGACUUCAUGGAGAAGUGGCUGGUAGGGUUACUUGCCAUCUCGCAAACGUGGCUUCAGGAGUUCAGACAGCGGAUGAGCUCUGUUUUAGGGGAUGGUGUGCUUCAUGCCAGUGAUAACGUGGGAGAUGCACAGAUCCCUAAUGUGUCUGGUGACGCCGCGCCUGGGGCCAGCUUCGGAAAUCUGGACAAGACUGCACAAUUCUCCCAGCCCUAUCUCCAGCCAACCCUCGGCGUUGGGAUGACGGGUAUGCCUUCGCCCGAGAACGGAGAGGCCCCUAUCUCCACUGAUCCUACGAGUCAAUGGGAUCCAAGUAGCCGUUCCAUCGGUACGGCACAACAGCCAAUAGAUCAACGGCCAACUUGGGUGAAGACCAACUUUUACAUCCUCAACGACUCCAAGUUUCAUCAUUAUGUAACUCGGGAACUGAAACGAUGGGUCAAAGCAACAAUGUCCCCCAACAACCCGAACUUCCACGUUCCUUCCGAUGAAGAGCUACGCCACCAAGCUCGCUUUAUUAUGUAUGAUGAUGAUGAUAUUUGGAACACGACCCCAGCAGAUAAUUGCGAGUGGCUGCGACGGUUCAAGUGCGAGGCUGGUAUUGAGAAGUCCCAAACUGACAUGGAGGACCAAAUGGAUGAUUUAAGGCAUGACGAACAUCGAGACAAAGAAGAAAAUAUUCAGCAAGGUAUAUCGUGA